CAAAGGCACACCGGAUGCAGGGGCACUUUUAGUGUGGUGUGGGAAGGGGAACUUGGAUACAAAAACACUUCUCGCCUACCUUAAUUUCAGAAGUCCAUUGAGAGGACCUUAAGCCAGCCUUGCGCCCCAGAGAGUGCUGGCGGUGGCGUUACGUCGCCUAGAUAAUCGCCCCCUCGUACUUUGAACUAGGUUGUCACAGAACAGCAGCAAAGGUGACCUUGAAUGCAGAGCAAGCACGGAGUCCUGGGUGACAAAACAGAAAAGGAGCGACAUCGACGUUUAGGAAGUCUUCUGUUGCCCUUGAAUUUUUGCCUUUUGAGAAGAACAGAGCAUCUCAGGAGAGUAAAAUGGAAGGUGGAUCCAUUGAUCGGGUCGAAAAAUACCCGCUACAACUAAUAAGAGGAGUGCCAAUGCUGUCAUUUGUGGUGGAGAACUGGCACCGCAUAGAAAGUUUUAAAGCCUUUCCCGGGGACCUGCUCAUUGCUACCUACCCCAAAGCAGGUACAACUUGGGUUCAGGAGAUUGUUGACCUGAUAGUAAAUGAAGGAGACAAAGAGAAAUGCCAGCGUGCCCCCAUCUACGUACGCAUACCCUUCAUGGAGAUGUUUCCACCACCUCCUUUUCACUCAGGUAUAGAUCUCCUGGAAAAGAUGUCCCCUCCGCGGGUCAUCAAGACUCAUUUACCUAUCCAGUUCAUCCAUCAGUCCUUUUGGGACAACAACUGCAAGGUGAUCUAUGUCGCCCGCAAUGCCAAAGACUCUGUAGUCUCAUAUUAUCACUUUGACAGGAUGAACAGUUUAGAGCCAGAGCCUGGCCCCUGGAAUGAAUACAUUCACAAGUUCAUGCAAGGAGAAGUUCCUUUUGGUCCCUGGUAUGACCAUGUGAAAGGAUUUUGGCAGGAAAAGAACAAAAGGAACAUUCUGUAUCUGUUUUAUGAAGAUUUAAAAGAGAACUUGCGCAGUGAAGUCAUCAAAAUAAUGAAAUUCAUGGACCGAUCUUUGUCGGAAGACAUCAUCAACCGCAUUGUGGAGCUUACAACUUUCUCAAAUAUGAAAGACAAUCCAAUGGCCAACUACACUACUGUCCCUGACCCUAUAUUUGACUCUUCUAAAUCCACUUUCAUGAGAAAAGGUCAAGUAGGAGACUGGAAAAACCACUUUAGUGCCGAAGAAGCUGCCCUCUUUGACAAGCAUUAUGAGGAGAAAAUGGCUGACUGCAACAUCCCAUUCCGAUGUGAUCCCACUGAACAUUGACAAACCCACUUACUAUAAAUAACGGGGCAACUCAGGGCUGCAAGCUGAUUGGCUAGACUGUGACAAGCCUGCCAAUUCAAGCUGUCUGAGAAACUGAGGGCUUUGUGAGUGGAAAACAUUAAAGGGUCCAUCCCUCUGGUAAUGCA